CCGGUGCCGGGGCUGACGGGCGUCACGCUCACGUGCGAACGCGCGGCGCCCCUCGAGGAUCUGUGCCAUCACUGCUGCGUGUCCAACGCGCACGUUCCGGGCGGGGUUCCGUCGUCCACGCAGCCCGGCACGUUCCUCAUGCCCCCGAGAGGCGGGGUUCUCGUCAAGUUCAAGGGCGAACGGGGCGCGGGCGCGGCGGUUCGGAGGGAGUGGAUGUCGCUCGUCGCCGCGGCGGCUGGGGACAGAAGCAACCUGCUCUUCGCGUCCAACGACGGCGGGGUCACCCUCCACCCGAACGCCAUGUCCGGCGAGGUCACCCCCGAGCACCUGGAGUACUUCGCGUCGCUCGGGCGCCUCGCGGCGGUGGCGCUUUACCACGGCGAGACGCUGCCGCUGCGGUUGACGAGCGCGUUUUGCAAGCGGCUGCUGGGGCACGAGAUGGCGCUGAGCGAUCUCGAAUCCGUGGAUCCCGCGCUGUAUCGCAACCAGGUUGUGUACGUGCGUGAACACGGCGUCGGGGGUUUGGACCUGACCUGGUCCGAUACGAUGGACCCCACGGGCGUGUUCCACCCCGGUGAGACGCGCAGGCUGCGUAAACCGAGCGAUUGGCUGGACGUGGACGCGGGCACCGCGCGGCACGUCGAGGAUGCAAACGGAGCGGCGUCCGAAGGAGGAGAGUCGGAGGCGUCGGAGGUCACGGAGGCGGAAGUUGGCGCGUACCUCCGGGCGCUGGUGCAUCACAGGGUGCUCGGCGCGGUCCGGGAUCAGACCAGCGCGUUCGCCGCGGGGUUCGGCGCGGUCGUCCCGCCGCAGCUCAGGGCUCGCAUGCGCGGCAUACUCGACGGCUCGGACCUCAGCCUCCUCAUCGCGGGAGCCGCGACAAUCGACUUGGACGAUUGGCGCCAACACGCGGCGUACCAGGACGCGCGAUUAGCCUUUGCCUUCUCAACCGAGUGCUUCUGGCGCGCCAUGGAGGAGUUCACGAGGGAGGAACGGAUCAAGGUGCUCCAGUUCGCGACCGGUCUGACGUCGCCCCCCGCGGGUGGCUUCCGCAACCUGGUGGGGUACCUCGGAGACGCGGUGCCGUUUACGCUGGGAGAGCUCGCCGCGCCGGGUCGGGACGAGGACGGGGCGCUGCCCAUGGCUCACGCGUGCUUCAACGUGCUCAGGCUACCGAGGCUCGUCGAGGGGGCGUUCGGGACUGGGAUCGAGGGGGGCGCGAAGGAGAUGGCGAGGAGGUUGAGGAUCGCCGUCGGCGUCGGCGUCCAGGGCUUCGACGACUUCUGAAUUUUUUACAAAUCACGGAUCUGUUGUGACCAAACCCGGGUCUACUAAGUUACCGGUUAUGUUCUACGUCUACGUCUGCGCGUCUCUGCGUUCGCGUCGCGAUGGGUGCGCGUGUGUAUCGUCGCAUGGCGCGUCCCGUGGGACUUUCGCGCCGGCGAUUCAUGUUUGCGUUACCCGCAGUCACCCGGAGUUCACCCGGAGUGAAUGACACCAGUGGCCAUCCCCACGGCGAGGCCCCCGAAGGGCACGACGAAGACGGCGAGGCCGAGGAUGAACCAUAUGUCCACGCCUCCGAACGCGGACUUUUCGUAUUUCGCCCGCUGCGCCUCGUUGUACUUCUUCGCCUCCUCCACUCAGCACUCCCUGCUCUCCUUGAGCGCGUCCGCGAGGUGACUCGGACGGUUUUUCAUCUUGGAGAUACG